ACAAAAGUGUUUAGAUCUACGGUCGAGAGGAUGUACACGUGGAUUAUUUAACUGGAACUGGAUGUAGAGGAUUGUAUCUUUUUUUUUGAAAUGGUGGCGCGUGGGGGAGCAUAAUAAGUUAGUUAUUGAUUUGCCGCGUCGGCGUCCACCACAACCAUUAUCAAACGGAUUUUAUUAUUAUUAUAUACUCAUGAUUCAUGAAGAAGAUGAGACCAACUAGUCUUUGGUCUCUCUCUCUGUAUCUUUUUUUCUGAGUGGUUAUUGCUUUACUUUGCAAUGGAGCAAUUGAAGAAGCUGAAGACUUCCUCUGAUGAAUCAUCAACUGCUUCUUCUUCUUGGGGACAUAACAUCAGUUUCAAGCGUGAGAAAAUGGUGGAAGUGAAGGAGGAACCAGUUUCUUCACGGAAAAUUCAAAAGGCAGAAAGAGAGAAGAUACGUAGAGAUAAGCUCAAGGACCAGUUUCUUGAGCUCGGAGAUGCACUUGAUCUCAAUAGGCCUAAGAGCGACAAAACUUCGAUUAUCAUUGACACAAUACAAAUCCUGAAAGAUCUAAUGACUCAAGUAGAUAGACUCAAGGCUGAGUAUGUCGCACUCUCUCAAGAGUCUCGUGAGCUAAUACAAGAGAAGAGAGAGCUGAGAGAGGAAAAUUCAUCUCUUAAAUCCGAUAUGGAGAUUCUUAGUGCUCAAUGUCAGCAUAUAGUCAUCAUGGUCCCAUGGAUUCCACACUACACUUAUCCUCUCCCUGUAGUAGCAAUAACUCAGGGUCCAGUUUCCACUCUGCCUUUUCCACUCAAUGGCACUCGAACUCCUUUACCUGUAUCUAACCCCUGCACCACCUUUAUGCCAUAUUUAGCAGACUCACUUAGUCCUAAAACGGAAAUAAAUGAUGAUGUUGGUUUGGAGCUUGAGCUUAAAAUCCAUGCUUCUUCUUCAGUUCAACAUGAUGCUUCCGGAAAAGAGAAGAAAGGAAACUCUACAACCACUGCAAGCUCAUAGAAUAGUGCGUACUCAUCAUCUUAAGCUGUUCAAGAUAGUUCACUAUAUAAUUAACCACAACUAUCUUCCAAAGCCUAUCAUUUGUACUGAUUAUCUUCUUCCGUUCGUCUUCCAUUUCGGUUAUUGAUGUUAAAACCAUAAUAUGCAAUUACCAUUUAAGGGCAUGCAAAUUUCCACUA